GUGACGGAUCAGCUGAUUCCUCCCAGAAACAGGAAGGAAAAUGGGAUUUUUAUGACUUGUGACCGUUUCGCUAAACUUUUGUUUCUUUGACCGUUUUGUGGAGGGCUCUUACGUGAAGCUGAGGUAGACCCGAAAUAAGUGUAUAAAUUUGUGAAGAAACACCCCCACCUUGUUUUCUGGAGGUGCAGCAGCACGGAUCGGGAGAUGUUUGCGGCGGACGAUGAAGAUGGAGAUUUUCUUUCACCCACAGGAGGGGCAAAACUUGCCUCUCUCUUCGGGCUGGACCAAGCUGCGAGUCAGGGGAACGAGUCCUUCCAGUACACAGCCCCGAAGCAGCCCAAGAAGGCCACUGCCAGCACGGGCCCACCAGGCCAAAAACCAGCCCCUCCCCCGGGAGCGCCUGCCGUCCUCUUGGCCACGGCUGUCCACGCAUUCCAGUAUGUGAAUGGACAGUACAUGAAACAGGGGAAGCUGGGAGUGGCGGUGCUGGGGAACCACACAAGUAGAGAGUACAAGAUUCUGCUGUAUGUGAGCCAACAGAAGCAAGUCACCAGCGCAAGGAUCCACCCAGGGUUUGUCUUCACGGUGCAGCCCAGUAACUACGGCACGUUUUACGAUGACCAACGCCAGAACUGGUCUCUGAUGUUUGAGUCGGAGAAAGCAGCCAUGGAUUUCUGCAAGCAGGUGUGCUUGGCUAAGGCGAACAGCGUCCUCUCCCUGGAUGCAGUGCUGGUGCAGGACCUGGUUCUCGGUGAAGGGCAGAGUGUGGAGAAUGGAGACUCCCUGGAAGUUGCAUACACAGGAUGGCUGCUGCAGAACCAUGCCAUCGGGCAGAUGUUCGACUCAAACCUCAAUAAAGAAAAGCUACUGCGACUCAAGCUGGGGGCCGGAAAGGUAAUCAAGGGCUGGGAGGAAGGCAUGUUGGGAAUGAGGAAAGGAGGGCGCCGCUUCUUGAUAGUGCCCCCCAGUCUGGGAUACGGCUCACAGGGCUUUGCAAACCGCGUUCCCGCUGACAGCACGCUCAUCUUUGAGACAGAAAUACGAAGGGUGAAGUUUGCCAAGGACAACAUAUCGGACCGGAUCAGCGCUGGUUCUCGGGACUCCGCUGCUUCAUCACCAGCACCCAGUUUAGAAAACAUGGGUCCAGACUCACUUGCUCUACCUCCUACCACUGUGCCCCCAAAGCAAGGAGAUCUGCCACUCCGUGCAAAGUCAAAUUCCCUGGGUGAGCAGUUGGCGAACCCUGACGCCACCAAAGCCAAACUGAUCUCGCGCAUGGCCAAGAUGGGCCAGCCCAUGUUGCCCUUCCUCACAGGGGCUGUCUCCUCCCAGCCAGACUCCAGUGACUCCGAGAUGGAGGACCCCAGUGUGUCCAGAAUUAGAGAGCGUCCUCCUGCACCCUCUCCCCAGCCUGUACAGAUUACAGCUGCACCCCCAACCACAGCCCAAGUGCCCACCCACCCUGUUUCUGGAGUGCAUGCCUCUUCUGCAGCUCUGCUUCCUAUGCACAUGGCUACAAGCAACCCUCCACCAGUCUUACCAAGCUCUGUCCAUGCCUUCCAGCCCUACAACCAGUCAGUACGCAGUUCCCAGUUACAACCUGUGGGUCAGAUGUACCCCACACAGACAGUGUCAUACCAAGCACCGAGCGAUGUCACAUCCUUCUUGAUGACAGAGGCCCGUCAGCACAACACUGAAAUCAGACUGGCAGUUGGGAAAGUCGCUGAUAAAAUUGACCAACUGGCUGCAAAGGUGGAUGACCUUCAGAAGCAAGGAGGCAUUACUGCAGGUUUAUCCAAUGUCUCCAUGGAAACAGCCAUGAUUAUGCACAACAUACAGAGGAUCAUCCAGGAAAAUGGGAGUCUUAAGAAGGAAGUGUUUGAAAAGAGCUCCAAGAUCGAGGAACAGAACCGAAAGAUUGGGGAGCUCAUCAACCAGAACCAAAGGUACAUGGAGCAGAGCAAUCUGCUGAUGGAGCAGAGGAACGACUCUAUGAAGUCGACCAGCGAGCAAAACCAGGCCCGUGUGCUGCAGGCAGAGCGUGACAAGGUGCGUCUGACAGAGGAGCUUGCAUCAUCCACAGCCCGCAUAUCCCAGCUCCAGCUGGAGGCUACAUCACACCAGCAGAGGGCCUCGGAGCUGCAGGCCAAGCUCAGCGCCGCCCAGCAGGAGAGUGAGAAGCACAGCGCCCAGCUUGCAGAGCUACAGAGUCAAGUGGAGGAACUGAAGCAGCAGGAGGAGCGAGUACAAGCGCAGUGCCGCACAGAGAAGCAGAAGCGCCGAGAGAUAGAGCUGAAGCUCAGCAGCGCUGAGGAGGAGCUGCAGGACGUGAAGGCGGAGAAGGAGAGUCUGGAGCGUACAUUGACGGACAGGAAGCGCAAAUGGCAGGCGGAGAGAAAACGAUGUGAUGAGGAGCUGGAGGAAGUACGACGGAGCAGCCAGCAGGAGAUGGAGAACCUGAAGGUUCAGCUGAGAAGAGCGAGAACCAGCACUGAUCAGGCAGCUGCAGAGCAGCUGGCCCAGCUGCAGUCUGAGCUGCAGGCCGAGUGGCAGGGGAAGCUGGAGCAGGCAGUGGCGUCCGUCAAGGAGCAGCAUGAGCGGCAGCAGACAGAGAUGGCUGAGCAGAGAGAGACACUGGAGCAAAAAGUGGCGCAGCUGCAGGACAAGUACUCCACGCUCAAGCAGUCCCGGGACUUGGAAGAACAACAGCUCCUCCGGCAGCAGGAAGAGGGGGAGGAACUCCAGGCACUCAGAGGAAAGUACUCAGCACUGCAGGAGAGGGCGGAGGCCACGAGGCGGCGACUCGAGGCUCGAGUGGCGGACGUGGAGAGAAGGUUGGCGGAGCAGGACCAGGUGGACACUGCAGGGGAGGUUAAGCGUGUGAUGAACGGUGUUUUUCACUCCCUGCGGGGGGAGUUCGACUUGCAUGAAACUUAUACAGGCAGCGCCGUGUUGGAGAUCAUCGUCAGCACCAUAAAGAACGUCACCCUGCAGCUGCUGACUCAGAAGGAGAGGCUACCAUCACAGAAGAGUGAGAAUGAUGCAGAGGAGGAGAAGGAGGAAGUAGAGGAGGUGGGAUCAAGGGAGGAGUUGACUCAGCAGGAAAUGAGGCAGAAUGGGAAGAGAGAGGAGGAAAAGGAGGAGAGUGUGCAGGUAAUCAACAAUCUCCAGGAUCAUCCGGAAAAGCGAGAAGCUGAGCAGGAGGUGCUGACGGGGGAGGUGGAGGAGCUGGCAGCGGAGGAGGAACCUGAGAAAGAGGCGGGGCAGCAAGCGCAAGCCGCAGAUACGGCGCCCUCACAGGCUCUCGGGGAGAACCACGUCAAGCAUGUGGAAGGCCUGACAUCUGAGCUGGGACCGGAAGGAGAGGCACAGGGUGGGCUUUCGGAGCCAGGCCUGCGUGACGUGGGACCUGUCGGAGAGCCGAUCAUAACAGAACCGACCCGACUCGGCCCUCCCACCCGGCCCCCACCCCCACCCAACCCCAUGCAGGCAAGCACUGCCAGUUUGACUGAGGGAGUAGAGGAGGAAAAUGGAGCAACGCCAUUUUUCCCUAGUGCAGCCCCAAGCAAGCCCCCCCAAACGACCAGUGAGGAGGAGGAGGAUGAGCUGAGCCUGAAGGGCCGUCCGCCUCCUGCUCCCCUGUUUGGCGACGAUGACGAUGAUGAUGACCUCGACUGGCUCGGUUGAUAGGGCAGGCCAGGGGCAGGGGAAUGGAGUGAGGUUGUAUACAAGUGUUUGUGUGUUUUGUACAUGUUUCACAAGAUCCAGACCAUCUGUCCAGGUCUACAUGAUCCUUCGAGUCCUGUGAAGAGGAGAGCUGGAGCAGCAUAAUGCUGCUUGAAUUUCGAAUCUCCCCUCCACAUGCUGGAGCAGUCAGCGUCCCUCGGGAGACUCGGACUCAACGCUUUUAUCGUGAAGAGCGUAGUAAGGGCCACUCGACGAGCGCUUUCCUCACGGAACCCUGACAGGGACAGGCAAAAAGCUCAAUAGCCAUGCAUCCAUUUCCCUUGGCCUGAUUGAGGUCUUGUGGAAGGACUUUGCAACGAAGAGAGUGCUGCUUCUUGGAAAAACACCUUUUAGCGAAGAAACAGAAAUGGGGGGGGAAAAAAUGCAUCUUCAAAACCCCCUCUGUCUCAAGUAAAUCUGGGUAAACCUAUCUGUGUAGCUCACGGUUAUCAACGGUUGAUCAAUUGACUGCAAUUUAAAUGAGGAUUCCAUCUCAAAACCAAUGUGAGAACCAGGAAUUUUUUUUUUUUUUUUUUUUAUUUAAAUUUUGUAUGUUGGGGGGGGGGGGGGGGGUUAAAACUGAGAGACCAUAGUCCUGUGUUUGACCCGUUGAUAAAUGCUGUUUCACUUCUUCCAGAAACGCCUUCUUUUCUCCUAGAUGAACAGCAGUGUUAUUCCUAAUUAAUAAAACAGCUC